AUGGGCCCCUGUACCGCCUCCUCAUGCUGCUGCCAGGCCCGUAAUCUGCCAUGGGCCCCCGUACCGACUCCUCAUGCUGCUGCCAGGCCCGUAAUCUGUCAUGGGCCCCUGUACCGCCUCCUCAUGCUGCUGCCAGGUCCAGAGUGUGUCAUGGGUCCCUGUACGGCCUCCCAUUGCUGCUGUCUCCAUCGCCACACUCUGCCAUGUGCCACUUUCAGGUCUCCUCACACUGCUGGUGGGUUCCAUUUUUUCAUAGGGUGCUGUAUGGCCUCCCAUUGCUGCUGCCUCCACCGCCACACUGUGGCUCCACACUCUGGUUUUGGCCCCGUGACUGCCCAAAUGAGUGAAGUGUGCGGUGAUUCUAAGAUCGACGGCACUCAUCUGCAUGUCAUACUGACUGACAGUAUUUAUUUCUCUUCCCCAGCAGACUCCAAGGGCAUUUAAAUUAAAGGUACAGUGUUCUGCACUAAUAUAA